UGUCAUUUCAUAUUCCCAAGCUAUUUAACUCGAGAAAGGCAGAAAGGUACUUUUAGCUGCAAGUUUCUCUUUCUCUUCCCUUCAAGUCAUUCUUCUUCAUUCUCCUUCGGCUGUCAACAUGGAGAUCGUAGCUUUUGUCAUCGGAGUGAUAGGCAACAUCAUCUCAGUUCUCAUGUUUCUUUCUCCAGUAGGGACAUUCAUUAGGAUAGUGAAGAAUCAAUCGACUGAGGAAUUUGAUAGCCUUCCAUACAUUUGUACAUUGCUAAGUUCAUCGUUGUGGACUUACUAUGGAAUUAUAAAGCAAGGGAGUUUUCUUGUAUCCACUACUAAUGGUUUUGGAGUUGCCGUUGAGAUUAUAUACCUGUCCUUGUUCCUGCUCUUUGCUCCACCAAAAAUGAGAUUAAAGACUGCGGUACUAGUUGUGGUUUUAAAUGUAGGGUUUUCAGCGACAUUUAUUCUGUUGGCACAAUUUGGAUGUCAUGGGGAGAUGAGAAUUGAUUUUAUUGGUUUCUUGUGCUCAGCUCUAAACAUUGUCAUGUAUAGUUCCCCUCUUAGCGUGGUGAAAACAGUGGUGACAACAAAGAGCGUUGAGUACAUGCCAUUCCUUCUCUCACUUUUCUUUUUCUUAAAUGGUGGAGUUUGGACUUUGUACGCCUUGCUUGUACGAGACCGGUUUCUUGGAGUACCAAAUGGGAUAGGAUGUCUGCUGGGAAUGGCACAACUAGUGAUAUAUGCCAUUUACCGAAAGGGUAAAUCAGUGAAACACAUAGCAAACUUGGAGGAAGGAGGGCAGAUAGAGCAUCUUCUUCCAACUUCUGCCUCCACAAAUAUUGGAGAGGGAAAUUAGCAAGUGCAAUGGCAAAUGGGUUCGUGCUUUCUGCCACCAUGCAUUGAAAGCACCAACUUUUACUGCUUCUCUAUGGAUGGAGUAUAUUCUACUUUAUCAAUCUGUUUCACUUAAUUUAGUUCUUCAAUUUUCUUAUUCUCCACAUAAAGUUUGAAGCUAGUUGCUGAUACUCUUUUUAUUGUGUUUUCUUCUUUCUCAAUUCUAUGGUACUAGUAAUAUUUUUCCAAUUCAAAAAGCUACCUAUAGCUUUUGUUUAGUUAAUCUACUACUAUUUUUAAUUACUUCAAAACAUAGUGAACAAGAAGCUGAAAAUGUCGCUAUAUGACAUAUGAUUGCUUUAGUGUUUCUUUUUCAUUACCAUGUUUGCAAUGAUGCUCUGGUGUAAGAUGAAACGCAAGAGGGGAGGGGUAAAUUGUGACCAAUUUAAAAACUCAGUUGACUAGAGAAAGUAAUAGUGACUUCUCUUUAUCAGAUGGUUAGAAAUUAGCCGAAGCAAAUUGUGCAAGAAUUAA